UUUGUUGUGCAGUGUAAUGGCGAUGUUGCUGAACCAGGCUCAGCCUCCCCAGACUCGGGACGGUGGCGGAACGCAAGGCGCUUCCCUUGGCCCUGGGGUUCCAGUUGGGCAACAGCAGCUCGGCCUUCAGCAACAACAGCAGGAUUUUGACCCGGUGCAAAGAUACAGGAUGCUUAUCCCUCAGUUGAAGGAAAGUCUGCAGAACCUCAUGAAGAUAGCAGCCCAGAACCUUGCGCAGAACACAAACAUUGAUAAUGGCCAGAAAAGUGCAGAUGGGCCAGUGCAGAGGUUUGACAAAAGCCUGGAGGAGUUUUAUGCCCUAUGUGACCAAAUGGAGCUUUGUCUACGACUUGCCUACGAGUGCCUCUCCCAGAGCUAUGACAGCGCAAAGCAUUCACCUACAUUGGUGCCUACAGCCACUAAACCUGAUGCAGUACAGACCGAAAGCCUACCUUAUACCCAGUAUUUGAGCAUGAUCAAAUCACAGAUAUCUUGUGCCAAAGACAUACACAAUGCACUUCUUGAGUGUUCGAAAAAGAUAAUGGGAAAGACUCCGAACACACAAGGUGGACUUUGACUUCUACUGACUGCUCACCAAUAUGCAGCGGGUUACUGUAUAACCGUUGUAUCUCAGAAGGACCCUCUCGUAAUUUGGAAUUUACAUUUUGUUUGUUUUAAAAAAUAUAAUCCUUGAAUUCUUAAGGUUUAAUAUAGUCUGACCUGUUUUUGUUAUUCACAUAUACAACUCAGAAGAUGAAAAUCUAGUCACCAUCGCCCUUCUUUGCACUCCCACAUGUUUUAGGAAUGCUUGCCCUGUUCAACAGUAAGCAUAGCCAGUCAAGCUGACAAUACAUAAUUACAUCUAAUAAAAGCCUUCUAUAAUCCCCUGCAAGAGGUAAGUAAAUAAUUAUUUAAAAAUUAAAUAAUUAUAAAUUUAAAAAAAGUGCGUGUUUCUUUUUGUAAGAAAAUUAGCCCUUGGAAAUGGCUGACACAGCUGAAUUAACAUGCUGUCUGUAUUUGCUCUGUUGGGAAAAGCCUGAUAUCACCAGUGCCCUGUCAUUUAGUUUAAUGGUAACUGCCUGUCGUGAGCAUUUUUGGCCCAAUUUGCAUUGACCGCAAGGUGUGAUAUUCGUUUUAACAGUGCCUUGUACUCAGCCGUUCAGAAAUAGCUGGUCAUUCUUUCCCAGCUGUUGUGCCUUGUCUUUCUAUGCCCUGCAGUAAGGUGCAGCUUCUAGAAAAAAAAAAACAGGUGUUUACAUAUUACCUGUGAUAUUUUAUUUAUUUAAAAGGUACACUGCCUGAAAAAAAAGUGUUUUCUUUGCAAUAGGACGUGCAUCAGAAGUCUUCAACAUGUGAACCCAUUUUAUUUACAUUUGGCUAUACAAAAUGUGAACUU